AGCUCCAAAAAUCUAUGAAAUGUGUUUGCAUGUUCCUCUCUGCAAGCGGGGAUGUAGAGGUGGGAUUGCAAGGACCGAGAAAGCUCGGGGAACCCACGCGUUCAGCCUCUGAGAAAGUACGCUUUUCCAAAAUAACUGGCGGCGAAUAUUUUUUUUUCUUUUCACAUUUGUCAUUAACAGACAGGCACUCUGUAGGAUUGUGUUGUCGGAGAAGAAGCUUUUUUUCCCCCCCUGCCCUUUUCUUUUUUUUGUCACCAUUCUGCACGGCAGGCUGAGAGACGGACCGCUCGGACUGUGGGAGCCCUCCCCUCUGCUCGGAUCUGCUUUGUCUCCAGAUGGCUCGUGGAAGACCGUGGAUGAGGGCUGAGCUGUAGUGGGGGCAGAAGGCUUCUGGGCCUGCCUGUCGUCGACUGGCUGAUUCGUCCAUCGAGGUGAGGCUUUACUCUCACCGGGCCGCAGAACGGACCGAGACAAGGUCCCUCCUCACUCACCCCUGCCCCCUUUCCACCCUCACCCCCUACCCAGGCACGUACGCUCUGGACCAUGUCUAGCGGACUGUCGGAGGGGGGCCAGACAGAGGACCUGGAGCGGAGUAGCUGCAAACAGGACUCUCCUGUUAUAGAGCGCAGGAACCGCAGUGGCAUCAUCAGCGCGCCCCUCAGUAAGAGCCUUAAGAACUCCCGUACCCUCUCCCAGUACACAGCAGUCUCCUCUGCCACCACCAAUGGACACACGGACAAUAGUGGGACUAAGAGCCACUCGGCCAAGCCUCAGCCACCCCCGCAGCCCCAGCCCACUGUCUCCGCACUGACAGCAGCCAAGUUGGACCGGACCCUAGAACAGGUUCUGGAGGGACAGAAUGGCCUGCUGCACUUUGCCCAGGCAGCAGCACUGUUAAAGCGAGCCGGUAUGGAGCACAUGCUCCUGCCUGGGGGCAUGGGAGUGGGAGUUGGCGGUGGAGACGCAGGCUCGGGGGCUAGCGACUUGGAGGGUACGUCUGUCACGGACGCCGUAGGUGGUCCUGUUGACUUCCCAUAUGGAGUAGGGGGUGGCUUCCCCUUCAACCCGGGGCUUUUCAUCAUGACGCCGGCUGGAGUGUUUCUGGCGGACAGCGCGCUACACAUGGCCGGCCUGGCCGAGUACCCAGCGCAGAGCGAGCUGGCCUCUGCUAUCAACUCCGGUAAAAAGAAGCGAAAACGUUGCGGUAUGUGCCCACCUUGCCGACGGCGGAUUAACUGCGAGCAGUGCAGCAGCUGCCGGAAUCGAAAAACAGGCCACCAGAUUUGCAAGUUUCGCAAAUGUGAGGAACUGAAGAAGAAGCCCUCUGCUGCUUUGGAGGUGAUGCUUCCUACAGGAGCGGCGUUCCGGUGGUUCCAGUAGGAUUCCUCCUCCACUCCCUACCCAAAGCUCUGCCAUCAAGUGCAAUGCCAACUCCUGGAUUGUCUCCGGAACAGACACUGGCUAAUAAACGAACUCGCAACAAAUAAAAAUUACAGAAGGAAAAAAAAAACAACAAAAACAAAACAAAAAAAAACAAGCAGAACAAAUACAAAAAAAAAAGAAAAAAAAGAAAAAAUCAGUCGGAUAAUGGAUGCACCUACUUAUUCCUUGAACCAAAAAUGAAGCGUAAAGAAAAGCAUCUAUGGCAACUUUCAUUCCCUUUUCUAUGUUUCCAUUUUGGUACCUUUUGUCCUUUUUCCCAGCAGGUUUUUUCUGUCGCUUAAACAUGGAACUGUUCAUUGCCAGAAACAGAAAUGACGGACUGAGUGUGGACAAUCAACUAAUUUCUGUGUUUGGUGUUAAUGUUGUUCAUGUGUGGAAAGAUACAGUACUUGUGUAGAGAAUGUAAAUUUACAGCUAUAUUUUAAAACUAGUGGCUAAUGGCAAACAUUAUUGUAAUUCUUCACCAUUAUGUUACUUAAACCCUUGUCUAUUUUAUGACUCAUUUUGCUGGAAGAGGAUAGUUUCCAGGCAGAUCAGUGGUCGCCCCAUGGAAGGCGGAAAGCGUUUCAAAUUGCGAUGCUGUCAAUUUCUGAUUGAAAUGAAACUGAACAAAAGAAGUCAUGUCAUUGGGCAGGUCUCUAGAGACUUCUUCACUGGGUUGAAGAUGCUGUUCGCCAGAGCCGUCGCUACUGUAAUCUCCUCAAUCAGCCCUCCUCUGCGUUUCCAAACUUUUCCUUUUAGUGAAACUGGCAGCCUUAUGUUACUGUGGCCCUACUGAGCAUGUGCCAAUACUGCUCAGGGCAAUAGCACUAAGAGACAGCACUUGCUCUGAGUCUACCCUACUGAACGCACUGAGACAAGAUUGCAUUUCUUUUUUAAUUUUAAAUCUGUUUAUUUGUUAUAUUUUCAUGAUUUUUUUUUUUUUGUUAUGUUGCUGGGUAGCUACAGCUUUUAAAAAUAACCAAUCUUUGUAUUUGUUUAGAAAAUUGGACUGGUUUUGUGAAUAAAAAGGAAUGCAUGUAUUUGUGUCAAAAUUUACAAUUCUGCUGUUCGUCUACUUGUCUAUUUGCAUGUUUUUUUUGUUUUGUUUUUUUAAAAACAGCUGGUUUGACUGACGAAAAAGAAAUACCACGUACGUGUUUUCCACAAAUUAAGAAAAAUGUUCCUUUUGUAAUUGGGUGGUAUGAGAAAAAUUCAGACUCUAGCAGAACUCAUUAAAAGUAAAUCAGAUGGUGGUAUGGAUCACCAUGAUGUCCUUGAUUUGACUGAGAUAUCUCUCGCUGCCUAUGUAAUAUCUUCCUAUAGUGGAAUGAUGGAGCCUUGCUAUGCUAAAAUGUAACCAAAAUGAUUUAAAAGACGUUUGAAUAAGAA